AAUGUUACUCACACUCCAGAUCGCAACACUUCUUUAUAUGCUUCCACUGUUACUACUGAAUGUGAUUUUGUGUUUCUACUUUUAUUUGUACCUGCCAAUGAAGCAGCUCGGCGAGAACGCCGGGAAUUUAGAAGCGGCCAUAGAACAAUUGCUGAAUGCGGAGAAGCAAGCGAGGCUCGCCGGCGACGUCGCCGCCACCAGAAACGCCGUCACUGAAAUUUUACGGAUGUGCUUCGAAGCGCGUGCCUGGAAAACCCUCAAUGACCAGAUUGUUCUCUUGUCCAAACGCCGUGGCCAGCUUAAGCAGGCUGUGACAGCAAUGGUCCAGCAGGCUAUGCAAUAUAUUGAUGAGACACCAGAUCUUGAAACUCGUAUAGAACUCAUCAAAAUCUUGAACAGUGUAUCUGCAGGAAAGAUAUACGUUGAGAUUGAGAGAGCUCGGUUGAUCAAGAAACUUGCAAAAAUCAAGGAAGAACAAGGACUUAUAGCUGAAGCUGCUGAUUUGAUGCAAGAAAUUGCGGUGGAAACUUUUGGUGCCAUGGCUAAAACUGAGAAAAUCGCAUUCAUUCUUGAACAAGUUCGUUUGUGUCUAGACCGCCAGGAUUAUGUUCGUGCACAAAUACUCUCAAGAAAGAUUAGUACGAGAGUGUUUGAUGCUGAUGUUUCAAAGGAAAAGAAAAAGCCUAAAGAAGGUGAUAAUGUUGUUGAAGAAGCUCCUGUUGAUAUACCAUCUCUACCGGAGUUGAAGCGAAUCUACUAUGAACUAAUGAUUCGGUAUUAUUCCCAUAAAAAUGAUUAUCUUGAAAUUUGCCGAUGCUACAAGGCAAUAUAUGAGAUUCCAUCUGUCAAAGAAAAUCCUGCCGAGUGGAUUCCAAUCCUGAGGAAAAUAUGUUGGUAUUUGGUUCUAUCACCGCAUGAUCCAAUGCAGUCAAGCCUUCUCAAUUCUACCUUGGAGGAUAAGAAUCUGUCUGAGAUUCCAAACUUUAAGUUACUGUUGAAACAGUUGGUCACUAUGGAGGUUAUCCAGUGGACAACUCUUUGGGAUUCAUACAAGGAUGAAUUUGAGAAUGAGAGUAACUUAGGAAAGAAUUUGGGUGAAAAAGCAGCUGAAGAUCUGAGGGAAAGAGUAAUUGAACAUAAUAUUAUUGUUAUAUCAAAAUACUAUGGAAAGAUUACUUUGAAGAGACUUGCGGAGCUUUUGUGUCUCAGUGUUCAGAAAGCUGAGAAGCAUCUUUCAGAUAUGGUUGUGUCUAAGGCAUUGGUGGCGAAGAUUGAUAGACCCAUGGGAAUAGUUUGUUUCCAAAGAGCUAAGGAUAGCAAUGACGUUCUUAACUCAUGGGCAGCAAACUUGGAGAGGCUGCUUGAUCUUGUGGAGAAGAGCUGCCAUCAAAUACACAAGGAAACCAUGGUGCAUAAAGCUGCCUUGAAGGUUUAAGAAGCUCCAUAUCACUGUUAAAAGUUACAGGUGAACCCCAAUAUAGAUGUGAUUUUGGACUGAAGGUGCCGUAAAAGGAUGUUAAUUUGAAUUAUUGCUGAUUAGAUUGGUGAGGUAUUGGAUUAAAAGACGAUGCUUUCUUUUUCCAUUUUAGAUACUGUCAAUGAUGCAAUUAGGGUAGAGAUGGUAUAUGCUUUUUAGCGUUGUAUACUAAUGGUGAAUACCUUACCUGUUACCACCGACUUAUGACAGGAUCCUAAACGGUCUUGUUUGUAGCUCAGUGGGAAGAAAUCGAGUGCUCUGAUAUUCUUUGUCUGAUUAAUUUUUCCGUAUUUAUUGGGCUCAUUAUUCCA